AUGUCGAAUGAACUCUCACGUCUUGAGCGUUUUCCCAGUUGGCAGUGUGAGGGCACACUGGCUCCCUUUUAUUCGGCUUGGUAUUUUUGGAUUGCCUUGUUGGUGGUAAUUUGCGUGGUUGUAGCAUUAAUAGUUAUUUGCGUCAUGUGUUGUCGAAAACCGAGAAAAGUUGCAAUGAUAAGAUGUUGGCAACCGGUACCCAAUGCCGUAUUAAAAACAGCACAAGAUCCUCAAGGCAUUAUUCAACCCGAUGUGAUCUUCUACAAGAAACCAGCGGGUGGUACAGUAACUGUUGUGGUACCGGGCACUCCUAGUCUUCGACUAACAACACCGAUGAGACCUUUAACACCAGCGUACGAACCCACUCAACCCGUUACUAUAAGGACCACGAGGGCUGUAGCAACGACCAGCAAUGAACUGACUUUGCCACCAGGUUAUAUACCAAAUCAAGAUCCAAAAUACCAGUGACCAUAGAGACAUUUAAAAAAUUUAAUUUUUAAUAAUAAAAAAAAAGUUAUGUACAUAUAUAUAUAUAUAAAAAUACAUGUCACGUGUUUCUGUGUGUGCAGCACAUGCCUUAGGAAAAAAAAUCACUUGCCAGAUGUGAGAGGUAGGUUAACCUGGCGCCAUCUAUGAGCGACAUCGUUCUCUACAUGUUAGUGGUGCCAUCUAUGAUCGAUAACGUUUUAUAUUUGCCAUACUUGUGUGGCGCCAUCUAUGAUCGUUAUCGAUCGUUACUUUAAUCUAGCAUGAUUCCGUGGUGCCAUCUAGUGGAGAUACGUUUCUUUAGCUGCGUGAUAGGUGGCGCCAUCUAUGAGAGAAGUUUUCUAGUUGCGUGUGCGUGGCACCAUCUAUUGUGAACAUUAAAUAAAACCGAACAUUUUAAAUUUAUUAAAUUAAAAGAAAAGGAGAACAAUAAACG